GAACGAGUUUUACAGUUACGCCUGUCGUGUAACAGCGACAGUGUGCGGAAUCGCGGAAAUACAGCGUGCGGACGUGAUAUCGUAGAUUUUCGCUGCAACAGGUGGUUGACGUUUACCUGGGCUGCGCGCCCCUUGCGGCCCCUCUCUCCCUUUCCCCCCGCGCGGAGAUAUCGUUCCGAUGACAGUGAUUCAGCAGUGAUUAAUCGCGACGGUGGUUUGUUUGUUGCCUCAGUGCGACGAGUCAUUUUAAAACGUUUGCCCGCCGAUAUUAGUUUCGCACGGCGGAACGCGUAUACGCGACUAGGAGGCGAGAGAGUCUCUUGCGGGGCAUUCCGGUGCGAGGCGCGUUUCACACGGAGUAAGGAUGUCGUUUAUCGGGUUGGACAGAAAGAAGAGGAGAUCGAUUGGAUGCAAAUGCAUUCCACUGACCAAAAUGACCAGCUCUAGAUAUCUUUGGACUUGCAUGGUGGCACCGUGCGCGGGCGAUUACAUCAGGUACCCGGCUCUUUACGAACUGUCGAGCAAGUAUGGAGUGGCUGGCAGUGACCAGGUGCCCUUGCCGGCUCGUCUCGACGUGCUGCGAGAGCACAUACGCCGAGAAAUACGCAAGGAGCUGAAGAUAAAGGCCGGAGCGGAGAAGCUGAGGGAGGUCGCGACCGAUCGCAAGUCGCUCUCGGAUGUCGCGACUAUCGUGAAGAAAGCGAACAGCAAGCUGAACGAGCUCCACGCGGAGCUGCAGCAGCUCGAGAGUCAAAUUAUACUGACGCAGGGCCAACCUCAAUCGCCGCAGCAGAAUCACUCCAACGGUCAAGACACGCCUCUAUCACCGAUGGGGUCUUCGUCGCCGAGUCAGGAAGGUCUAUUCACGGAUCUUCGGCUUCUGUCCUUGGAGAAGCAGCUCAAUAUCGAACUGAAGGUCAAGCAAGGUGCUGAAAACAUGAUACAGAGUUUAACGAGCGGCCAUCGCGACAAGAAACUGCUACAGGAGGCUCAACAAAUGCUAGACGAUUCCCGCGCCAAAAUCGAGUUCCUACGUAUGCGGAUUAUGAAGGUGCGCCAGGCACGGCAGCAGCAACAGCGAGGCGAUGCGCCACCACCAAAUGGUGAAACAGCUAGCAACAAAGACAGGUACGAGCCCAGCUUGGAGCUCGCGUUGGAGGAGAGGGUGGAGGAGCUGCGGCAUCGAUUACGAAUAGAAGCAGCUGUUGUGGAAGGUGCCAAGAACGUGAUACGUCUUCUACAAAGUGCCAAAGUCGCUGAUAAGAAGGCCUUAACCGAGGCUCAAGCAAGUCUCGCGGAAUCCAGUAGGAAAUUGGAUUUACUCAGAAUGUCCCUCGAGCUCAGAAGGCAAGAGCUACCUGCCGACAGCGGUACUGCGGCUCAGUUAAAGAGAGAAUUAGCUAGCGUGCAGUCGGCUAGUCCAGUUCCUGUUACUUAUACAUCAUUACAACCGUUUCGCGGUCCUUUGGAGGGUAAAGCCACUGUACCGGCGUCAGUAUCGAGAUGCGCCGCUGUCACAGGACAAUUAGAGGUAAGAUUAAUGGGAUGUCAAGACUUAGCAGAAGAAGUGCCUGGACGUACGAGGAGAGAACAUCCUGCUAGUCCUGAUUUACGUAGCUUUGUUAAAGGUGUCACAGGACGCAGCUCAAGCAAGUCAUAUAGCGUGAAAGACGAAACAAGCAAUGAUAUUAUGGCAGUUAUAAAAUUGGAUAACCAAACCGUAGGACAAACUAGUUGGCGGCCAUGUUCCCAACAAGCUUGGGAUCAAAGGUUUUCUAUUGAGCUUGACAAAUCGAGAGAGCUUGAAAUAGGCAUUUAUUGGAAAGAUUGGAGAUCUCUUUGUGCGGUCAAGUUUUUACGUUUAGAAGAAUUCAUUGAUGACGUUCGACACGGUAUGGCUCUACAACUGGAACCCCAAGGCCUCCUGUUCGCAGAAAUAAAAUUCUUAAAUCCGAUGAUAUCGCGAAAGCCUAAAUUGCAGCGUCAACGCAAGAUCUUUAAGCAGCAAGUGAAAAAUUUCCCAAGAGCAAAUCAAAUGAACAUAAAUGUUGCGACUUGGGGUAGGUUGCUUAAACGUUCGGCGCCCUCAUUGCACAAUUCCAGAAACUCUGAAAGUCCACCGUCAGGACCGCAACCGUUGCAGCUUGUGUUUGAUACCUCAGUAGAAGAUAAGCCUGAAACUCCCGGCGAAGUGCCCGAUCCGGAGAAAGGCGGAUUGGGUGGCGCACGGCCUUUAGGUAUGACGACAUCGAAUAGUAGUCCAACUCUGCCACGUCCUCCGGAGCAUCCUCCCCCACCGCCACCAACUGUGACAAAAAAGCCUUCUACGCCUGCACCUACACCACCUCCCAAAUUGGAUCAAGAGUUACAGAGCGCAUUAAGGGAGUUUGAUUUUCUGCACAACGAGGAAAAGGGCGGGCCUCAGGGUGCAAAUUUGAGGCCCCUUGUGACAGAGCCCCGCCCUGUGCUGAUUGCACCACCCUCUCCACGCACACCCUCGCCCCAACCUGUCGUCGAGUUUCCUGAGGAUGAGGUACAUGCCCUCCAACAUACACACAACAUUGCUUUGCUUGCUUUGGUUUAUGAAAUGCCAGCUAGACCUCUUCAAUAUAGAGAUAGUGCUUACGAGUCGAGAAGGCAUUCUCAGCUUACUGGUAUGACUCUGGAGAACUUUAGACUGCUCUCCGUACUCGGUCGUGGACAUUUCGGCAAAGUAAUAUUGUCGCAAUAUAGAAACACGGGAGAGUACUUCGCGAUUAAGGCUUUGAAGAAGGGGGAUAUUAUUGCUAGAGAUGAAGUGGAGUCAUUGCUUUCUGAAAAGAGAAUAUUCGAAGUAGCGAACACGACACGCCAUCCUUUCCUCGUUAAUUUAUUUGCGUGCUUUCAAACUGAGGCACACGUAUGUUUUGUAAUGGAAUAUGCAGCUGGCGGAGAUCUUAUGAUGCAUAUACAUGCUGAUGUUUUUGGGGAGCCACGCGCUGUUUUUUAUUCCGCUUGUGUAGUUCUCGGAUUACAAUAUUUACACGAAAAUCGCAUUAUUUACAGAGAUUUGAAGUUAGAUAAUUUACUAUUAGAUACGGAAGGUUACGUUAAAAUCGCAGAUUUUGGUUUAUGUAAGGAAGGUAUGGGAUUUGGUGACAGAACAGGUACUUUCUGUGGUACUCCUGAAUUCUUAGCGCCCGAAGUGCUGACGGAAACUUCUUAUACACGAGCUGUAGAUUGGUGGGGUCUUGGAGUCUUAAUAUUUGAAAUGUUGGUUGGAGAGUCCCCUUUCCCAGGUGAUGACGAAGAAGAAGUAUUUGAUUCCAUUGUAAAUGACGAAGUACGAUAUCCAAGAUUCCUUUCUUUGGAGGCAAUUGCAAUCAUGAGAAGAUUACUGAGAAAGAAUCCAGAGAGGAGAUUAGGUAGCAGUGAAAGAGACGCUGAAGAUGUUAAGAAACAAGCAUUUUUCAGACAUAUAGCUUGGGAUGAUUUACUUCUAAGACGCGUGAAACCACCUUUUGUACCAGUAAUCCAUUCAGUGGAGGAUGUAAGUAAUUUCGAUGAAGAGUUUACAUCAGAGAAGCCACAAUUAACGCCUCCAAAAGAUCCUCGACCUCUUAGCGACCUAGAGCAAAGCCUGUUUAAGGACUUUACUUACAUGGCUGAUUGGUGCUAGCCGUAAUGAUUGAUAUCUCUCGACAGGGAAAUAUCAGCAUAAUUGAGAAAAAAGUUGCUUCAUAUGGAACUCGCGGAAUUGGUGGUAUUUAGAUGCGCGUUUGUUUUCUGAGCAAUAUAUAUCAUAUGUCAUUAAUGUAUAGAUUUUUUAUUUUGGAUACUAUAUUAAUGAUCAUAAUAGGCACAUUUACAAGAGAAAUUUUUCAACCAAAGUUGUGGGAUGUACAUGAAUGCAGCUCCACAGAUCGAGAUCUAUUCGUUAGUGAGACUAAUAUUUCAUCUAACUUUUCGAGUAUAACCAGAUGAGCUGGAAUUGUAGGUGAUCGUUGGAUAGUCGUUCGUAUAAUUAAUUCUCAGAUAUCUUAAAGUCAAUCGAAGAUAUUUUGAAUUUCUUAGGUUUGAACUAAGAUAACCGAUAUAACAAAAAAAUUAUCUCUAUUGUUUGGGUAUUCUGGAAAAACAUCUGUGAGAUUAUGCCAUUUUUGAAUGCUAAUUUCUUCAAUUUGUUACGACGACUGCCAAGACGCCGAAAACUUGAAAGAUUUCUGAUAUCCCGUUCUCAACUUGUAAUGCGGACGGAUAUAAUCCUGGUGCUCGAUUGCUCACUGUCUGGCGAAUGAUUUCGCUGAAAAUCCCGAGACAAGGUAUCUCUUCGUAUAGAUUGUCUCUAUAGUGAUACGACGAAGUGACCAUUCGCCAUGUCCAUCAAAAACUGGUUUGGGAGAGUUGGAAAAAAUUGGAAACAGAUGCUCUCUUGUCAUGAACUGGGUUAUUCCCAGCAUUCAGCUUUCAGCCGCAUGUGCAGAGAUAUGGGAAUAGUGAAAAAAUUUUUCAGCAAUAGGAGAAAGUUUCUCUCUUUUUUUAUUAUUGAUUGAAUUUUGAAGCAUGGCAGUGAAACGAAAAUUAUAAAACUGAGGAGACGCUUUUUGUAGCGCGAUAAUAUUAGCUAAAAGUUCACUAAAUGUGAGUUCACUCACUACCUUUCUGAUGGUAUAAAUUGCAUGUAUAGAUUGACCUCUUGCAUAGACAUUCCAAUCACAAAUCCAGAAUCCGCUGUUCUAGGGAAGAAUCGUCUUGUUUAAUGCAGCUUAGUCGGUUUGUUUAUUGCCUUAGAAAUCUGCUUUUUCUGGGAUUGGCCUUUCGAUUUAAUAAUUCUUCAGGCGCUACAACUGCGCCCUUUCUAACUUUCUGGUUUCACAAAGUCCGCUUUAUCUUGUUUAUCAUAUGCGCGAACUUUGCUCUAGAAACUUCUUUUAUCGAAUCUCAGGUUUUCCGCUAAUUUAUGUUUUUAGUGAAUAGCUGAUAUAUAUAAAUUUAUCUCUAAUUUAAUAGAAAGCAAUAUUACGAAUUCAUGAGCGACAUUCUUGAAAAUUAAAGGAUUGCAAUUUCUAUCAAGCAAAGGAAAAAUGAUGAAGCCUAUUUGUAGUUAUUAAUCAUCUGACAAAGACGUUUUUUCGCAUAUAAAUGAGAAUAAUUUUAGAUUACAGAAGUGAUCUCCGAACACUGUCCUGUUGCUAGUAUUAAAUAUGUAUGGAUGUCCUUUUGCGUGAAGAUAUAUUAUUUUCAUCGUUUCGUUAUCAAAUGCUAUCUACUGCUAUUAUGUACAGUUAUACACGCAGUUACUCAAAGAUUUUGUAUAUCCUUAUGGAACUUAAAGGAUAAUCAUAAUAAUAAAAAACAAUAUUAACAUUCAUUAAGAAAGCAUAAAGUAAAUCAAAAUGUAGCUAUACUUGCUCAUGCUCAUGUGAUAAAGAAUUGAAAUUGAAAUGGCGCUAUGUAUGUGCAACAAUAAUGAUCAUAUUGACAUUAACAGCGCUUCAAUUAAACUAAUCAUAUAUUGUCUGUUACGAAAAUUGGAAAUUUAAUCCAUUUAUGUAUAGCUAAUUUUGCAAGAUUAUGACGUUAGAUAUACGAGCUUUAUGACUUUAUGUGAAGCAGCACAUUAAUAUUAUACACCAGAGUCCUUUAGGUUCGUUUAACAUGUAUCCCAAUUACGUUUGCUAUACUUCAUCAUUUAGUUAUGUACAUUUAUAUUCUAGUUUAUAAGAUAUUUUUACUAGUUCAUGUGCUUCAUAUCAUUGUAUAUAUAAAAUAUAUAACCAAAUGUGUCGAAAGAAUAAUAAUGAAUGAUAUUUCUAUGUUUAAUAGCUGUCGGUAUAAUAUUGUACGAUCAAUUUUAAUUAACUUCACAACAAAUUAUUAUUGUAAGACGUGUUCACGUCUUUUAUUAUGAACAUACUUGAACACCUUUUAAGAUUCGGUUUUAAUCUUGCUGAGAAUGAUUUGAAAGCUGUGUAAUAUUGGAGUAGCUGUUAGAUUUUACUUAUAAAAAUCAAUAUUUUUCUAAUUAUUACGGAGCUCUUCUUUCUUUACGAAUGCUAUUGCCUACAUUUAUUGUAAUCUUAGUAUUUAAUAAUUAAUCCUUUAUAGGAUUUCGAUUGUUAUUAGAACUUCCACACAUAUGUAUACAAUCUAAAUGUAACCCAUCUCACCCAUCAUUUCACCCAUCUUUUAAAAGGUGCCUACAAUAAUCGAACAACUUUUGAUAUAUAAUAUGGAAUAGAACUAGAAAAUUUUCUGUGGCUAUUAGUAAGAAACGAAGUAAUCCAAUAUUGUAUAUAAUCUUUUCGACCUGUCAUUUAUCUCUAUAUGUAUGUAUCGUAGAAUUGAAAUUGAAGAUUGAGAAGAAUUAUGGACUUUGUAACGAUGCGAAAUGAAGAAAGAUAUUUCAAAUAGAACUUGGUAAAUGUUGUGUAUAAUCUGAUUAUGAUGUCGUUUGUUUUAUUUUAUGUAAAUUGGUUAAAUUUGUCAUACUACGAGUACUACGAAACAAUUAAAAUAUAAUUAAAUCGAAUUUUAUUAAUUGUAAAUAUUGAUUGCUGAGAUCUUACCAUGUCAAUGAGAUCUACCAGGUUUUAUUUGCAAUACUGCUCUUUUAAUAUUAACAAGGCGACCAGAAUUGUAAAACUUUUUAAUAUUGAAACAUUAUCAUGAAAAGUUAACUGUGUCAUUAGUGAUAGAUUCGAGUAUCUCGAGACCUAGUUGCCUUACUGCAAUUAUAAAUUGAUAUACAUAUAUCCAUUUUGGUAUCUAUUUUAUAUAUAAUUCUUAUACACGCAGAAUAUGAUUCAGAUCUGUAGGAAAUAUUUUAGGUGCUCCUAAAAUAUCUUCAGAUCUCGAACAUAAUAUACAACAGUGGAAGAUAAUUUGAAAGAUAUGAAUAAUUUUCAAUGUGCCUGUUUUCUAUGACUGUAUAUAAAUUUUUAAAUCUGAUGUUUUUACAUGAUAUUAUACGGCUCUGGAAUAAAAAAUACAAAAUCCAUAAAAAUUUACGUGACGACGCAUUAGUAGUAAAACAGGCAGAGAAAAAUAUGAUAUCGAUGUAAUUUGUAAAGCAAUAUGGCAAUUUGAAAUGGAUCUUGUGCGGCGGAGUGGGAGACCUUUUGAGUUUUUCGUUAAUUUAACAUUAAAAUUAUUUACAUUUCGCAAAAUAUAACAUUUAUUCUAGAUUCUAGAUGUGAUGUGUAUGUUACUUGUAUAUUUUACAUAGCGGAAAAAAGCUAUGAAUGCAAUAUCAUUCUUUUUACGCUACUUUCAACUGCCGAAGUCUGCAAUCUUUGAAAACUUUAUAAUGAAUUUUGAAUGAUAAAAAUACGUUUUCGUCAAAAUAAUACCGUUUUGUAUUUUACGUUUUACACUGUACGUAUAACUUGAUAUACAUUAUAAGAUGGCAUCGUGUGUGUGAACAAAUUACUUUUUCCACUGAUAUUACACGCAGCUCUUUGCAAAAAGAAUUAAAUUAUUUAAUAAUUCUGUGGAACAUAUAUAUAUGGCCUAAAAUACGAUAAUUUAAAAAUUGUAUGUACAUAUAUACAAACAUCCUAUGGUGUUUUGUAGAUAGACCUACUCUUGAUUUAUAAAGAUUUUUUAUUAGAUUACUCUUUCGUUACACGUAUUUUUUAUAUAUAUAACAUAAUUACAUAGCAAUUACUAGGUAUAAGUUUGGUUAAAAUGUUCGCUAUAUUUAUCGUUAGUUUUAUAAUAAGGAAAUUUAUGUGCCUCGUAUUUUGUAGUGUCUACUAAUAAUACAUGGCUAGAGAGAUGAAAAUCUU